AUGAAGUGGCGGAGGAGGAAGCUCGGCCUCCUGUCGCUGCUCGCCACAGCCGUGCCGACAACCGCCAUCUCUGGCACAGCACCUCCCAUCGACGAAGCCAUAGCUCUUCCGGGACCCGUCCUCCCAGCACCGCCCAAUACGCAACCGCCAUUACCUGCCGAGCACUCCUUUUCUCUCCGACACAUCUUCCACCAUGGAACGCAUCAACAUCCCCGCCUCCACCGGAAGCGCGACAUCAUGACCAGCGACAGUGCCGAGCCCAACGUCUGGCUCGCCGCCGAGGACGAAUACGCCAGGGAAGUCAUGGGUCCGCUGAAGGCUCGAAGCAAAUCCAUCACGAUAGAACGCUUGGUCGACCGCCGCCCCCACGUCGUCGACCCCAUGGUGGCCGCCGCGCGCGAGAGGGGCUACGUCAACAUGCUGAGCCCGACGGCCUGGACCCUCGACGACACCCCUGGACCCGACGUGUCAGACAAGGAGACCAUCUUGACGCUGGCGCGCAUGACGGCCAACGCAUACGUCGAAGACGAGGAGCACCCAGACUGGGAGGACGUCGGGGCGCCGUUCAACCGUAGCGCCGACUUUGGCUGGCAGGGGGAUGGUCUCCGCGGCCACAUUUUUGCCGACGAGAACAACUCGACCGUCGUCAUCGGCCUCAAGGGCACCUCGAUGGCCGUGUUCGACGGCGACGGCACCACGACGCAUGACAAGAUCAACGACAAUCUCUUCUUCAGCUGCUGCUGCGGGCAGCUGGGCCAGUGGACGUGGCUCCGCGUCUGCGAUUGCGCCACACCCGUCUACAGCUGCAACAACACGUGCGUCGUCGAGGCCAUUACGGACGAGCACCGGUACUACGCUGCGGCACGCGAGCUGUACUCCAAUGUGACCGAGCUGUACCCCCACUCGGACAUUUGGUUGGCCGGCCACUCCCUCGGCGGCGCUGUGAGCUCGCUCCUCGGUCUGACCUACGGCCUGCCCGUCGUCACCUUUGAGGCCGUUCCCGAAGCGCUGGCUGCAGGUCGCCUCGGCUUGCCGGUGCCCCCUGGCUCGGAGCAGACCAUACACCAGGCGCGCGAGAACACGGGCGCCUUUCACGUCGGGCACACGGCGGAUCCCGUGUACAUGGCCAUGUGCCACGGCCCCACGGCGUCCUGCUCGUUUGCGGGCUACGCCAUGGAGUCGGAGUGCCACACGGGCCAGCGGUGCGUCUACGACGUCGUUGCCGAUAAGGGCUGGCGC